AGUUGAAGUCAGGACGUUAAUGAGAAUAUACUUUUCCACCCAGAGAUCCGCACAGCCUAUCAUGGAAAAGUAUAAUAACGGAGGUUUCGGAUUUAUAUUUAGCGGUAUAAGCGAGAUCAUAGCUGUACUAGAACUUUUGGUUGGUGUGAAAGGACAUAACUUCGUUACCACUUUCAACUAGAAAUGUUGGUGACUCAAAGGAGUUCGAAAUCUCACUAAUUAUUGAGUGUCAUAACACAAUCGACAAACUAAUAGUAGAUAACAUGCAGUCAACAUCCCAAUUGAACUUUCGUUUCCCAAUCUAAUAAAAACGAGUGUUUAUCAAUCGGUCGUCAUAAUCAAUCAUUAAAAGCUAUAGGUUUGUGUACCUGCACACAGUCUUUUACGUGUCCAGAAAAUUGGUAAGUUUAUCAACUUCCUUUGAAAUUUCCAUGAUAGAUUUUCGAUUUCAAAACCAACUACUUUCUUGUGGUUGCUUCUCAGUACUUAAUUGUGAUAACCGAAUAUUGAAUUUUGUGUGUGCUAAUUCUCUCCGAUUAUUUAUUUUAGAUGAAUGGGUAAUAAUGUAUUCUGCUUUUGUACCUAUUCGUUUAUUGAGUGAUUAUCCGUAUCCACUGGAAUGUUUAACAUGUUAUGACAAUUUUUUACUGGUCGGUACAAAACAAGGAUUAUUACUAGUAUAUGAAUUAACACCGAAAAUUGCUAGUCAUCCUGAAUUUUUCAUUCCAAACUUAAGUUGUUUAAAUAACCAUUUAAAAGAAAUUCCAUUCAAGAAUGAAAUUCAAUCAGAUGCUGUAUCAUCAUCUUCCCCUUUGCCCACUUUUUUUACUCAUGUAAAAAUUACACGAACACUCGGAAAAAAACCGAUUACACAAUUGACAGCUAUUCCUGAAUUAAAUUUAUUAUUAGCACUUGCUGAAGGUCGUAUGAGUGUAUAUCAACUUCAAAAUUGUCAGCUAAUUACAUCAGUACCAAACAGUAAAGGAUCUGGAUUAUUUACCCACUGUAUGCAAUAUUCGAAGGUUUCAACUGUAUCCUCAUGUAACAUAACAGGCAAUUCAUUAUCGUUAAACAAAUCACAGUCAUCAUCCUCUGAAAGUAUUUUAAAUGAAUCAAAAAAUUCUAAAGACUCAAAAUCAAAUUCUUUAGAAUUACGCAUUUGUGUUGUUGUGAAGCGUCAUUUAUACUUUUGGAGAUGGAAUCCUAAAACACGUGAAUUUGUAUGCCCUGGAGGAUCAGAUGAUUUACUUACACCUUCAUGGCCAAAUGAAAUGACUAUUCCAGAAGUUGUUCGAUCGAUUUCAUUUUGUGGACUAUCAAAACUUGUUGUAGGACAUCGAGGUGAAUAUUUAUUAAUCAAUAUUAUUAGUGGUGAGAUUCAGUUAAUUUCAGCUGUUGGCAAAAAUCAAUUGCCAAUAAUUACUUCACUUUCUCAUUGUUUUAAUUCAUCCAAUUUAAAUGAACUUGAUUCUUCUUGUAUAUUUGAUAAAUUUCAUUAUUCUAAAAAUUCAACAAUCAAUUCAGAAAAUUCAUUAAAUCAAUCCAUAUUAGAUAAUAAUAAUGAUGAAAAUAAUAAUGAUAAAUCUUCAUUGAAUCAAUAUUAUCAGCCAAUGUUACCAGGUUCAUGUACAUUUCUAGGAAUCGGACGUGAUGAUAUAUUAUCUGUUAUUUCACCAUUUCAUGAAUAUAAGUCUAUAUUUCAAAUUAAAUGGUCGAAUGUACCAUAUCAAGUUCAUAUUUUUCCACCUUAUAUAAUUGGGACUAUGGAUAAUACAUUAGAAAUUCGUAUUUUAAAUCCUAAUAAAUUAAUCCAACAAUUGGCUAUAACUCGUGUUACAUCAAUGUGUUAUUCAAAAUGUGGAUGGUUUUAUGCAAGCACGGCUCCUGCCCCUACAACUAAUACACUUUUCUCUACAGAUUCUUUUUCUUAUCAACAAAAAGUUACUGUAACAGAAUCAAUCAAUAAUGAUUCUUCUUCUGUUGUACGUGGUAAAAAUAACAGCGGUAAUGAAAUUUGGCUUAUAUUAUCAGCGAACAGAUUAAAAUUUAUUCAAAAUUUAGUUGAAAAAAAGGAAUUUGAAUUGGCUAUUUGUUUAGCCAAAACUUCAUUAUAUAGUGGUCAAAAUCCUGUGGAAACAUUACAAAUUACUAUAUUGUAUGCAAUUUAUUUAUAUCAUGAAAAAAAAUAUUCAGAAGCGUUAAAUCUAUUCACUGAUCAAUUAAUUAAUCCAAUACAUGUACUUGGUUUAUUUCCUGGUAUGUUAUCUGAACAAGAAAAACAUCAAAUAGAACAUUCUUGUGAUAUCAAAAUUAUUAGUUCAUCUGAGAUGAUUAAUGCAUUUGAACCAUUAAUUACAUAUUUAUUAACAUGGAGACGUUUAUUAAAAAAAAAUCAACAGUCAAACAAUAUCCAAUCAUUGAUAAAAUCAUCGAAACUAUUCAAUUCCACAAUGAUAGAAGAAUCUCAAAAAUCUCAAUUAUUAAAUAGUAGAAAUGACCACUAUCAACAACAACAACAAAUCAUUAUCACAAAUGAAUUUGAAUGUUAUUCCAUUAAAGAUAGAAGUAGUAUGAUUGUGUCAUAUACUAAAUUAUUAGAAUUAAUUGAUACAAGUUUAUUAAAAUGUUAUUUAUCAACAAAUACAGCUCGUGUUGCACCAUUAUUACGACAAGAAAAUGCAUGUAUUCUUGAUGAGUCAGUUAAAACAUUACUGGAACAUAAACGUUAUCACGAAUUAAUAAUGUUGUAUCAAUCACGUGGAUUACAUCAAGAAGCAUUAUCUAUUCUACAACAAUUCAAUAUUAUACGUAUGAAGCAAACAGGGUAUGCAAUAACCAUGACAGAAUCAAAUUCAAAUUCUAAACUUCCGCUUAACAUUACCUUAGAAAACAAUUAUAAUCCUGGAUUAAUUGAACAAAUCGGUCAUCCAAAACGUAUAAUUCAUUAUUUCAUACAUUAUUUAAAUGCUUCACACUUGAAUCUGCUGCUUGACUAUUCUAAAAAUUAUAUACUACGUUAUCAUCCAAUUAGUUGGAUACGUAUUCUAUACUAUUGGGAACAGAAACUUAACAUGAAAUAUCAAUCUGAAAUUCUGCUCAGUACAACAUUAUAUGAUAAAGAUAAAAAAGAUCAAUUCACAGCAUUUUGUUCGAAUUAUCGAAAUCAAAUAUUACAUUAUAUGGAACAAUAUGCUUCACAUUUAAUUAUUCCUUAUUUAGAAUUAAUUAUAUUUGUACAUUGGAAUGUUCAGCAUAAUGUUGAUAUUGACGACGAUGACUAUUAUGAUGAAGAUGAAGAUGUAACUGAAGAUAAUGAAAUAGUAGAUGAAGGCGAAUCAGAAGAACAAAUCGGUCAUGAAGAAGAUGAAGAAGAAGAAGGAGAUAGUAAUGAAAUUAAAACCAAAGAAUAUGAAUCUGAUAAUCAGAGUGAUUCUAACACUGAUGAUCACCAGAAAUUAGAGAAAGUCAUUGAGAAGUCAAAAUCUAACGCUACUCAUUUGGAUUAUAAUCAUACUGAAUUAAAGCAAAGUACACCAAGAAACUUUGAUCAUAAAUUGAAUAGAUCUAGUCCUUGUAAUGUUUUAAAAUCUAAAAUACUAACUGUUUCACAAUUGUCAUGUGGAUCAUCCUUGGAUUCAAUGCAAUCUGGAUCUAUGUCUCCAGGAAAACGUUCUAAUCGGUUUAGAGAUAUGCUAACAAAUUCAUUAUGGCCUUUACCUGAUCAAGGUGGUUUUAAACGCUCGCGACUAAUUAAUUCACUUGUGAAUAGUUCAUUUAAAGAUGACAAUUCUUCAAAAAUCUGUGAUCCAGAUAUUUUACCCCCUAUUCCACAAUAUCCCUCUUAUAUUGAUGUAUGUGAUAUACAUACACGCUACGCAGUAGCAUUGAUACGUAGAGCACAAUCAUUACAACCAACUAAUAAACCAUUUGCAUUUAAAGUUAAUGAUGAACAACCGAAGUCUGGAGCUGUUGCACGGUUACGUCUACGUCUUAUGCGUUUUCUCAUACAUCCUGGUGCAAACUAUUCUUUUAGUCGACUAUUAGCUAAAUGUCCUUAUGAUGCAUUUUUUGAGGAACGUGCUUUCCUGUUGGCUAAGUUAAAUAAACAUGAACAAGCUCUUUCACUUUGGGUUCAUUUACUAAAUGAUUGGAAUAGAGCUGUAACUCAUUGUAUUAAUGUUUAUCAAAAAGGUGAACAUCAUUUGAAUAAUGUUGAACAUGUAGAUACGGAUAUUGUUCAUACAGAUUGUGUUGGCGCCUGUGACGGUAAUAGUGAUGGUAGUGGUAGUGCUAUAAUCGACAAGAAAUCUUUAUCACAUGCACAUAAUAUCCGAAAUUCUCCUUCAUUGGCCAAUUCACCAUUCAUAGACAACAAUAUUAAUGUUAGCAGUAAACAUCAUAAUGAAACACUGAUCAAUAAUGAUUGUGAUAUAUUUUUUCUACUUAUACAAAUUUGUUUACAUCCUACCGAACCUGCUUCUUUGGGCAUCGUUCUACCUUCAUCUCCCAACAAAUCUACAUCAUUUACUCCGAAACCAAAGAAAGCACUUGAAGUCCUUCACCAAUAUAGUACACUUAUAGAUCCCGUCAAAGUGAUACGAAUCAUACCUACCGUUGCUUUGAGUUCUGUUGGGAACUACUUAAAGGUAUGCAAAAUUAUCAAUAAUUUUAUACAUUAUGCUUAACUAGUAAUUCUAUUGCAGGUUUUAUGUUGGUAAAUCUUAAAUUACUUUACACUGUAAGCUUGUUUAGAUAGGGCUUAUGUUUGACAAAAAAGCGAUUGCUUUUAUGAUUUAUUCCUUUUAAUUUUAACAACAUUCAAACAACUACCGAGAUAUAUAAAGUACUCGGAAAUUUCCAACAUUUUAAUAAUUGAUAUAUAGGUAGGCUUCUGAUGGGUAACUAAAUGUGUAUUACACUUCGAUCGUGCACAAUAUAUUCUAUAUUAACAAUGCAUAAAGGUGUUUGUACUAUAUCUCACUAAAUUAGACGUUUGUGUAAAGGACUUUAUAAACAUCAAUUUACCAAACAAGGAUACUGUCUAAUAAACAGCUUCUAAGUUCAGCCCUGUCAAAUGAUUAGCUGCAUUUUUAGUUCUAAGAAAUGCGACAUUUAUUGAUUUACAAGACCGGACACUAUUAGCAACGACCUACUGUGGAAGAGAACAAACCAGAUCCCGGCGGAGGAAGAAAUCAGGAAGAAGCGCUGGAAGUGGAUAGGACACACAUUGAGGAAAUCACCCGACUGCAUCACAAGACAAGUCCUCACAUGGAAUCCUCAAGGCCAAAGGAAAAGAGGAAGACCAAAGAACACAUUACGCCUGGAAAUGGAAAUAGACAUGAGAAAAAUGAACAAGAAUUGGAUGGAACUAGAAUAGAAGGCCCUGGACAGAGUGGGUUGGAGAAUGCUGGUCGGCGGCCUAUGAUCCAUUGCGAGUAACAGGAGCAAGACAUGUUCAUAUCUCAAGAGAGUACAUUGAAUCAAUUAGUUUUUCUUGAAAAUGCUGCAAAAUCCGAAUUAAUCGCAUCAUGUACAGAUCGUAUAAAAGUUACAAAUAAUCAUUUUUCAAUUUUAUCGUCUACACGUUGUCGAAUAUGUCGUCGACGUAUUGGUAAUAGUGCUUUUGUUAGACAACCAACAAGCGAUGAAUUAGAACACUAUGGUUGUUGUCAAGAUUUGAUAAGAAAAAAAUAAUUAAGAAAAUUUAUGCUGAAUUUUUUUGUUUGUUAUUUUCUUUACUUUUCUUUACUACUUAUUGAUUUCAUACUACAAUCAUAAUAAUUAUAAUAAUACAUCAUAGCACAUUGAUAUCUGUUUAUUUACAAUACACUUUGAUUUACAAUAUUUUUUGAAUACAUUACUGAUUUCUUCUAAUC